AUACAAUCACACUACUCCACAUAAAAAACACAAAGAAAAAGGUUUCUACUUUAUACACACACAAGCACACCCCAGUAAUCCAUAUAGAAAAAUCGCUAGAAGAAUCUAUGGAUACUCAGAAGCAGCAGUUAAAUAAUAACUCUAAUUAUAGUAGAGAAGUAGUUGAUGAAGAAGAAAACGUACCUCUUCCUGGGUUUCGUUUCCAUCCCAUGGAUGAAGAGCUUGUUGGAUUUUAUCUACGGAGGAAGAUUGAGAAGAAACCCAUCAGCAUCGAACUCAUCAAGGAGAUUGACAUCUACAAAUACGAUCCUUGGGAUCUUCCAAAAGGAAGUAAUGCGGGAGAAAAGGAAUGGUACUUCUUCUGUAGAAGAGGAAGGAAGUAUAGGAACAGCAUAAGACCUAACAGAGUGACCGGAUCCGGUUUCUGGAAAGCUACCGGCAUCGAUCGUCCAAUUUAUUCCGGCGACGGAUCAGUCUGCAUCGGUCUCAAGAAGUCACUUGUUUACUACCGUGGAAGCGCCGGUAAAGGCACCAAAACGGAGUGGAUGAUGCACGAGUUUCGUCUUCCUCCUUAUUCCGACAACCAAAUCGACGAUAAAUCCAUCGCUCCAGAAGCUGAAGUUUGGACGUUAUGUAGAAUUCUGAAGAGAUCUCCAUGCUACAAAAAAACAUUACCCGAAUGGAGAGAAGUAGCCACCAGAAAAUCACCACCGGUGGUUGAUACAAGCAGUGGAGACUCCGAUUACGAUAUGCAAAGCUACAUUAGCUUUCAAGCUCCUGUAAUCAAUGAUAACAAACCAUUUGCGAAUAAUCAUCUUCACCAACAACGCUAUGGGACGACAAACCAGGUGAUUAUGGGGCAGGUAACGAGGUCGACGUUGACAUCUGAGCCUCCAUCGACGACGGCAUCAUGCUCUAGCUUUUCCGGUCUAGAUGUGAAUGAGUUCAUUAAGCAUGGAGAUUGGGAAGAUUUAAGAACAGCUGUUGAUCAGUUUUCUACUGUCGAUCCUUUUAUCUUCAUGUAAUGAGGGGUUAUACAUUGUUCAUAUAGAAUCGUACAAGCUUGUAUCAGCUGCUUAUACUGCUUAUACUGUGCAAGUGCAACUCCUUCAUGUGUGACAUUUGUAGGUUGUACUGUACAACUAACUGAUACACGUGAGCUUCUAUGCUCAUUUAUUGUAAACUAUUCAUUUUGUAGCAGAAUAAUU